UCCGGUCCGGCCCGCGCCGCCGGCACCUGUUUCCGGGCGGGCCUCCAGAGGCCGGCGCACAAGAUGGCGGCCCUGGUGGCCUGAAGAAGGCGGCCGCGGCUCGGCCGUGGGCUCUAACGCGUGGCUGGGGGCCGGAGACAGACUUCGCCCAGGUGACGGGUAGUAGGGGAGGCACUGCUGGGCCUCGUGGGGUGUAAGACCCGCUUGCUGCUGCCCCCGGACCUUGCCGCCACACCAGCCCUGUCCUGGGGCGGAACCGAAGGAAGGUCGGGCCCGGCUGCCCCGCCCCGUCCUUCCUCCUUCCCGGGCGGUCACUGUGCGUGGCUCACUUUUAGAGUUUACUUCAGCCACGUGGAGCUUCCAUGGCGGCCUCUCAGGUCCUGGGGGAGAAGAUUAACAUUCUGUCGGGAGAGACUGUCAAGGCUGGGGACAGGGACCCGCUGGGGAACGACUGUCCGGAGCAAGAUAGGUUCCCCCAGCGCUCCUGGAGGCAGAAGUGUGCCUCCUACGUCUUGGCCCUGAGGCCCUGGAGCUUCAGUGCCUCACUCACACCGGUGGCCCUGGGCAGUGCCCUUGCCUACAGAUCCCACGGUGUCCUGGAUCCUAGGCUCUUGGUGGGUUGUGCCGUGGCUGUCCUGGCUGUGCACGGGGCCGGUAAUUUGGUCAACACUUACUAUGACUUUUCCAAGGGCAUUGACCACAAAAAGAGUGAUGACAGGACACUUGUGGACCGAAUCUUGGAGCCCCAGGAUGUCGUCCGGUUCGGAGUCUUCCUCUACACUUUGGGCUGCGUCUGUGCCGCUUGCCUCUACUACCUGUCCCCUCUGAAACUGGAGCACUUGGCUCUCAUCUACUUUGGAGGACUGUCUGGCUCCUUUCUCUACACAGGAGGAAUUGGAUUCAAAUACGUGGCUCUGGGAGACCUCAUCAUCCUCAUCACUUUUGGCCCGCUGGCUGUGAUGUUCGCCUACGCCAUCCAGUCCUCAUCUAGCCACGGAAGCAGAGUGCCCACGUCAGGAGCAUGGGAGCAGCCAGUGCUCAAGCUCCCAGAAAUUGCCCAGUGACCUGCCUCCUAGACCUGCCUCCUGAGAAUGGGGCUGGCCACCUUCGAGGAGAGGGAAAUGAGGAGCCCCUUCCCGCCUCGGGGUGGGCAGCACCUGGAGCUGAUAGUUGUAUGCAUGUUCAGGGCACAGGAUACUCUUCAGGUUCAGUGCGCUGUGUGGAGGGAGAGGAGGUUGACACACGUCAACCCUAGAAUAAACAACAACCACAGAACAUCAAGGUAGAGAUGGGGCUGCUGGGUAUCAGGAAGGCUUCCAGGAAGAGGUGGCAAUGAGUGGCGAUGAAGGUUUCUAGGAAGAGGUGGCCGUGAGAGGUGAUUGUUCCGUGGAAACCGAGGUGCUGAUGGACAGCUCAAUUCCCCCAGCUGGAGAAAGCCCACCUGUUGCUGCCUGAGAGAGUAAGACUCAAAGUUUUCCUUAAUCAGCCUCUUUUGGCUGUGCAGUCAGACAACUGGAGCAUUGAGGCGGGUGUGCCAAGGGCACUCUGACCAUUGCCAAGGUCAAAGCCUUCUGCAGAAUGAAAACUCCGACACUUCCUUGCUGAGAAACAAACAAGAGAGAAUGGCGGGGCGUUUAAUCAUCCACAGCUGCCAAUACCUAAUCAAGAUGAAUGGCCUGGAGAGACAAGGCCAGGGAAAGCAUCCCGUGAAGCAGAAGCGCUGAGCCCAAGUCUCCCGCGAGUCAGGGGAGCCCCUCAGCCCUGGGCCACAUUGAGGCCAAGGGAAUACCAGGUGGGAGGCCUUCAGAUUCAGGGGAAGUGCUGAGGGGGUUAGAGGUCACCAUGGUCACCAACGAGGGCCUUCCAGCUGACACUUGCCUUGGCCAAAGACCUUUACUGAGAGCCUGCUCUGUCCCAGGAGGCAAGAUAAAUGAGGCACACCCCUGCCCUUUGAGGACACACAGUGAGCUAAUAACAAAAGCUACAUACAUACAUUAUCCUGCCACCUCAAGCGUCAACAUAGACACUUGCCCCUAGAGAUUCUUAAAGCCCCUCUGAAGGACAGGCCACUCACAGCCAUAUGUGAGACAUAGAGGCAUAAAGGCUGUGGGGGAAUGAGGGCAGAAGAGAUGAACUUCUCUAUGCCCCAUUGUUCCAGACCGUGAUCAAUUCACUAUCUAUGACUAGAUCUCCUCUGGUGCAAUCUGCAGGUGGCUGCAAGACCAGUCAAUUUAUUGAGCAAGUAUUAUGUUACAGGCACUUGCUAAGCUCUGGGAGGUAUAAUGGUAAAUGAGACCUGAUCCCUAUCCUCAGGAAACUUACUGUCUCCAGAGGACAGACAGACAAACAGGCACACCUUAUAUCACUCCUGGAGCUUGACUGGUGAAGUGGAAAGAGUUUGGGCUUUCAAGUCUGGCAGCACUGGGUGGGUAGAAGUCCAGGGUCGAUCACUCACCCCCGGGAUACCCUCAGAGAAGCUACAUAACCUCUUUGAGCUUCUGGUGCCUCCUCUGCAAGGGAGGAUGAUAGGAUUUGCCUUGUAGGGUAAUUUUGGGUUUAAAUGAGGUAGUGCUCACAGAGUACUUAGCAUGUGCCUGGUAUGUAGUAGGCACUUCAUAAAGUGAGUUCCCUCCCAUCCUCCGCUUUGUUUUGAGACAGGGUCUCACUCUGCAGCCCAGGGUGGAAUGCAGUGGCACAAUCAUGGCUUACUGCAGCCCCAACCUCCCUGGGCUCAGGUGAUCCUCCCACCUCAGCCUCCAGAGUAGCUCAGACUACAGGCUUGCACUACCAUGCCCAGCUAAUUUUUGUAUUUUUUAUAGAGACAAGGUUUCACCAUGUUACCCAGGCUGGUCUCCAGCUCUUAGGCUAAAGCAAUCUGCCUGCCUCAGCCUCCCAAAGUGCUGGGAUUACAAGCCUGAGCCACUGCUUCCAGCCCCCUUUCCUUUCUUAUGGAUGACUAUUUUAGAAUGUUGUUUUUUGUGUAAUCUCAGACUUUCCUACCAAAGGGCAGAGGUCCCAUGGCUGAGGGUCCAUGUUCUUCCCAAUACUCAGCACAGUGCCUGGUACAUUCAUUCAUUCAGCAAACAUGUAUUGAACACCUGAUAAGUACCAGGAACUGUAUUAAAACUAAAGAUAGAAAAUGAACAAGACCAGAUCUCUAUGCUCCUAGAGCUUAUAUGAUAGUAAGGGAGAUAGAAAAGAAACAACUAUUCAUUGUGAAACUCUCUGCUGUGGUUUGAAUGUUUGUGUCCCCCCAGAUUCAUGCUGAAUCUAUGUUGAAGCCUAAUCCCCAACAUGAUUGUAUUAGGAGGUGGCAAAUUUGGGAGGUGAUUAAGUCAUGAGAGUAGAGUCUUCAUGGGUAGAAUAUUAGUGCCCUGAUAAAAGAGACCCCAGGGAGCUGCCUUGCUCCUUCUUCCAUGGGAGGACACAGCUGGGAGGGGCUAUCUAUGAACCAGAAAGUGGCCUUCACCAAACCAAAUCUGCCUUGGUUUUGGACUUCUCAGCCCCCAGAACUGUGAGACAUUUCUGUUGUUUAUAAGCCACCUAGUUUAAUGGUAUUUUGCUGUAGUAGCCUGAAUAGUAGCCUGAAUGGCACUCUGUGUUAUGGGGGGUGUCCGUUUAGUGAUUCCGAGGGGCUCUGCCCUGGCACCAGGACAAGUUCCAUGCAGAAACUGAAGGAUGACCCAUUUGUAGCCCUUCUGUCAGGACAGCCAAGCCUGGUUGUGCUGAGAUCACAAUCCUGGUGGGGUGACUAUGAAAAAGUUGGGGUCUUGGCCUUGGGGUCAAAGAUUGUCAAGGUGACUUCUCAUUCGAAUGCUUCACAGCCCUGGAGGCUUGAUGGUUGAGAAUGUGCUGAAGAAGUCCUGGAUGGAGAGAUAGGUGUUCUUACAUGUGGCUGUGAGUGGCCUGUCCAUCAGAGAGGCUUUAGGAAUCUCUAGGUACAAGGGAAAGAUAACAUCUCCUUGGGCUGCAGUCCAGGUUCAUUCAACAAGGGAAGAAAACUGGAAAACAUCUGAUGUCUGUUUUACCAGAGUUGUUACUAUUACUUUUAUUAUUAUUAUUAUUAUUUUUUGAGAUGAAGUUUUGCUUUUGUUGCCCAGGCUGAAGUGCAUUGGCACGAUCUCGGCUCACUGCCACCUCCAUCUUCUGGGUUCAAGCGAUUCUCCUGCCUCAGCCUCCCGAGUAGCUGGGAUUACAGCAUGCACCACCAUGCCCAGCUAAUUUUGUAUUUUUAGUAGAGAAGGGUUUCACCAUGUUGGUUAGGCUGAUCUCAAACUCCUGACCUCAAGUGAUCCACCCACCUUGGCCUCCCAAAGUGUUGGGAUUACAGGCAUGAGCCAUUACUCCCCGCCAGAGUUGUUAUUAUAUUUUUUUAAAUUGGGCCAGACACAGUGGCUCAUGCCUGUAAUUCCAGCACUUUGGGAGGCCGAGGCAGGUGAAAUCACCUGAGGUCAAGUGUUCAAGACCAGCCUGGCCAACAUGGCGAAACCCCAUCUCUACUAAAAAUACAAAAAUUAGCCAGGCAUGAUGGCACAUAUUGUAAUCCCAGCUACUCCGGAGGCUGAGGCAGGAGAAUCACUUAAACCUGGGAGGUGGAGGUUGCAGUGAGCUGAAAUUGUGCCAUUGCACUUCAGCCUGGGUGACAGAGUGAGACCCUGUCUCCAAAAAUAAGUAAAUAAAUACAUAAAUAAAUAAAUAAAUAAAGUUUCCCAUGUACGUGUGUGCACAUAUGUGUGUACACUUAUGGACAUUUGAGGAUACCUCCUGCACCCUGCAGUGGUGCAGUUAUUAUCCUGGGUAUUCAUGAAGGGAACCCAAUGCAAUGAGUGACACCUGGUAAAGCCAUCUCAAUGUCUGGACAAGCAGUCUCCAUGCAGCUCCAAGGAGGAUAAGGGGACACCACAGAGGGUUGUGAGCAGAGGGUUGCUCAGAGCCCCUCCGGACAGAGGCGAGGAGGAGGUGGAGCCAUUCAUUACCCUGCCAGCUUGGCACAGAGGCUGGGUGCAGGGGCUGGGUGGCUGUACUGAGAACAGCCAUUCCAUUUCCAAGAAGGAACAGGGAGGGGAUGGUGAGGAGCGAAGAUAACCAAGUCAGUCAAGCAGGGCAGAGCACGGUGUAAUCCAUGCCCCAGGCCAUCACAGUGGCUGCAGCCAAUCUCACUGCAUGAGAGGUGGGAGAAGAUGGGCUUCCCCAGGAGAGGCCCUGCCCUGGAAACCCCACUGCCUGCCCUGGGUCAUCCUUGAUACUCAUUCCCGUCUCUCUCAGUGGCGGGAGCGACAGCAGCAUGUCAAGGCCGCCUAACCACAGUCGCAGUGAGAGCCACCAGACGCUGAAUCCGGGCAGCAACUUGGGGUUCACCGAAGCCUUCUCCGUGCUUGUCUCACGCUGGCCUCCCUAUGGCCCUGUGAGGUGCAUGCUUGGCUUGUUUCAUGGGCUGAGUGGUUCAGUGACUUGCUUGGGAUCACAGCCACCGCACAGCAGCACCACACAUGGCCCGGACUGGUUCUCUUCCAACUCUAAAAGCAGCACUCAUUUGGUUAACAGUCUUUCAUUUUCAACACUUCUUUCUUUUGAAGGGGGGAGCAAAGCAUGAUCGGUUGCCUUUUAUAAAUCUCGUUUUCAAUUUCAAUCUCUUUUAAAAUGUUGAAAGAGUCA